AGCGCGGGUUCCUGGCUCUCCGCGCGCACUGUUUUAAUCAGACCGGUGCAGCCUCGAGCUGGAGUGGCCAGCUUGGCCUGGAGCAAUGCGAGCGGGCCCUAGGGAGCGGCGGCGGCGCGGCGGCCGAAGGAGCCCCGGCCGAGAGGUGUGGAUGCGUCUCUCCCGAGGCCGGGCCGCCUCGCCCGCUCUAGUCCAGCGGAGCCGGAGCGCCUGGGACCAAUCCCCGGUGAUUAUGCAAGACAGCGGACCAAUCAGCUCCGCCAGCUCAUGAAUAUUUAUGACCUUGGCUGAGUCAAAGCUUUGAAGCGAGUUUGGGGAGCUCGGCAGCAUCAUGCUUAGACUUUUCAAAGAGACAAACUCCAUUUUCUUAUGAAUGGAAAGUGAAAACCCCUGUUACGCUUAAAUUGGGUUCCUUCCUGUCCUGAGAAACACAGAGACCCCCAAAAGGGAAGCAGAGGAGAGAGAGACCCACACCCAGACCCCGCGAGAAGAGAUGACCAUGACCACCAUGCCAGAGAGUCUCAACAGCCCCGUGUCGGGCAAGGCGGUGUUUAUGGAGUUUGGGCCACCCAACCAGCAAAUGUCUCCUUCUCCCAUGUCCCACGGGCACUACUCCAUGCACUGUUUACACUCGGCGGGCCAUUCGCAGCCCGACGGCGCCUACAGCUCGGCCUCGUCCUUCUCCCGACCGCUGGGCUACCCUUACGUCAACUCGGUCAGCAGCCACGCGUCCAGCCCCUACAUCAGUUCGGUGCAGUCCUACCCGGGCAGCGCCAGCCUCGCCCAGAGCCGCCUGGAGGACCCAGGGGCUGACUCCGAGAAGAGCACGGUGGUGGAAGGCGGUGAAGUGCGCUUCAAUGGCAAGGGGAAAAAGAUCCGCAAACCCAGGACGAUUUAUUCCAGUUUGCAGUUGCAGGCUUUGAACCGCAGGUUCCAGCAAACUCAGUACCUAGCUCUGCCCGAGAGGGCGGAGCUCGCGGCCUCCCUGGGACUCACGCAGACGCAGGUCAAGAUCUGGUUCCAGAACAAGCGCUCCAAGUUCAAGAAGCUGAUGAAGCAGGGCGGGGCAGCUCUGGAGGGUAGCGCGCUGGCCAACGGCCGGGCGCUGUCUGCAGGCUCUCCUCCAGUGCCACCCGGCUGGAACCCCAACUCCUCUUCCGGGAAGGGCUCGGGCGGCAGCGCGGGCUCCUACAUCCCUAGCUACACGUCGUGGUACCCCUCGGCGCACCAAGAAGCUAUGCAGCAACCCCAGCUCAUGUGAGGUUGCGCGUCCGCAUCCGCCCGCCUCCUUCCCGUCUCCCUCUGCCCGGGCCCCUCUCGCCUCCCGGUCCAUCCGCCCCGUCCGCGUGCCGUGGGUCCGGAGGAGAAGGGCCCAGAGGGAAAGAAGAAGGAACAGUAAAGGCAGGACGCCCGCCGCCUCCUCCGAGUGCCGCGCGGUCUGGCUCGGCGACUUCCCUGGCGCCCACGCCCUUGCCCGAACCCCGGCCUCGGCCGCGCGGUGACAGCAGAGUGGCCUCGAAGCGCAGGCACAGCGGCCUGAGACAGCGGGAGCCGCAGCAAGAUCCCGCCGGACCCGACCGCCGACGCUCAGCUGUAUGGGACUAUCAGGAAAACAAAACAAAACAAAAAACAAUGUAGAAAAAGCAAAAGCUCUUUCUGUCCUGUCCGUUUCUUGUCUCCUUUCGCUCUGUAUCUGUGAGCUGACGAAGUCGAGGUUCUCUUCCGUCCGCUGUCCUCGUUCUUCGGCCGCUGAAAAAAGUCACCAGGUCGGAGGAGGCUUGGUCCACCGGGCCACCCUGCUCCGGAUACUGGAACGUUUUGUCUUUUCGGACCUUUUCCUGGGCCUGCCUAACCAUCUGUGUGGCUCGUUCGGGGAUUGGGGGAAAUUGGAGGGAGGGGGUUUUAUUUAUUGAGAAAUGGACUUCGCUUGAGGCUGAAUGUUCGGUCAGUUCACGGUUCUGUGGGGCGAGGAGCGCAGGGUCCAAACGUACCCAUUACUUUAAACGCACCCGGAAAAACGAAUAAGGAGGACCUGGUGAUUUUUAAUUUAUAUAGUAACUUUUGUACUUCGCUGGUAUGGAGAGGUUGGAAACGAAUGAUUUGCAUUUUUUACAUGUCCCGUAUUAUUUUAAAAAGAAAAGAGAGAGAGAAAGAAAUGAAGCCAACACAAUUUCCUCAUCUCGGGAAGAACGCUUGAUCGCUUUGCCUGGUUAAGCAGGAAAAUCCUAAUUCUUCCCUUGUGGAGAGAGAGGACUGAUGGGCGGGGAGAGAAAACGUGCAGGGGUGCGCCAGUGCCCUAAUGCCGGUGGGCUUUAAAGUAAGACGAAAGCAGCUUUACAACAAUCCCCAGAGGCUCGACCACAGAAUAAUGCCAGUCACCACCCUGAAUGCACAGUCUCCAGUGCAGGAUCUAAUUGCUGUACAUAUUAUUGUUAUUAAUUAUUAUUGUUAUUAUUAUUGUUCUGUAAACAUGUUGCACAAGCUUAGCUUUUUUUCUGUUGUGUGUGGCUGUAAAACCCGAUGCUUUGUGAAAUGAGAAUCUUGACAUUUUUCUUGUGAAAUUUGGAAAAUGUGAUCAAAUGAAAUCAACCGUGUUUUGUGUUCUCUAUGUCAAAGUUUAGUUUUAUAUUGAGAAUGUUAACUUAUUGCUUUGUAUCUUGGGGGGGGGGAAAGAACUUUGU